AAUUACAGUGCGAUUCAGAUUGGAGUGUUCUGUGCUGGUGCAAAGUAGUCAGCUUGUUUUCCCCUAAAGUUACAGUUUUAUAAUGAAUUCUAGAUUUUUUGUUUCACGAUGUCUGCGACAGCUGCAACUUACAUCGUAUUUACGGAAUACAGUACCUUGCAAUCUGAGAAUGAUCAGUUUUAUUCCAGUUACAUGCGAUAAGCACGUUGUUUCGAUCCCAAAGAUACAGACACAUAACCUCGAAACACGUCGAUACAAAUCUAAAAAGAAGGGUAAAAAGGCUCAAGAGGCAGAAGAUCCUGAUGAUGAGAAUAAAGAAGCAGAGGAAGAAGAUGACAUGGAAGAAGGCGAUGCAUUGCCUGGUGAGCAGGAGAAGAUUCUUAAGCUUAGUCAAGUUCGAGUAGACAAACUGUUAAGGCUGGCCGUAAAUUCAUCACGCAUUGUGGAAGAAGCUUAUGUUGAGGGGAGACUACGUAAAAAUGAUGAGAAAGUUAUUAAAAAGAGUGCUCCUGUUCAGCAAGGUGACAUUUUGGAUAUUGAGAUAGGUCCUGAUACCAAAAAUCCUGACUUCCUCAAAGUACAUAGAAUAGAAAUCUUGGAAAUAAAAGAAGGCGUUCACAGCAUGGUGAGAGUACUUAUUUGCAAGAAUUUGACUAUCAAGGCAUAUGAUAGCUAGCUGUUGGUGAAGUUACUGUAACUUAGCAUAUUUUCCUGAAAUAAAAUGAAUUGAGUUAUGGAGAGACUGUACCAUAACACUGCAAAAUAAAAACCUUGUCAAGAAGAAAGCA